GGUGCACCGGCUCCUACUGCGGGACCACAUUAGCUGCGGCACAGAGGACUGGGUGAUGUCGCUGAGGGGGGUCAGCUGCUCCGUGAGCCGAGGUUGGUGGUGUAUACUCCAGCAGCUAAGGCUCCCCAAGAUGGUGCAACACCGGAACAUUUUCCUCUGCACUUGUUGUAAGGACAGUCACUAUGCUCCUGCAGAUCGACACAAAUUUGACUACUUGCAGCCUGACUCUGAAGCCGAAGACAUUGACGGGUGCUACACACCCCAACAGCGGGCAACUGUCCUGAAGGUGCUGAACACAGCUUCCUGCGAGGAGCUGGCAGGAAUCAAGCUACUGCGAGGCAGAAAGUCGGUCAAUAUUGUGGAGUACAGAGCUGGACAUGGACCAUUCACCAACCUGCAGACUCUGUUGGAAGUGCCACUCUUCAAACACAAGACUAUAACGAAGGUGUGUCAGUCAAUCCUGAACCCCUCUCAGGAGUCUGGGAGAAAAGAGAAGAAACUCCAGGGUUUGAAAUUUGUCAAACCUGAUAUAGAACGAAAGCGACUUCUGGCAGCAAAAAGCAUCGUGUCAGUCGUGUUUGGAAUCCGUAAGAUUGCAUGGGCUCACGUGGAUCGGAAUCUGACUGUCCUGGACUGGAACCAGGAGACGAGUCAUCGGUACAUGAAAGGCCCGUACCUGCCCUCCAUCUACCUCGAGGAGAUCUCCUCAGCUGUCUCAAAAAUUCCCAAAGCAGAUUUCUUCAUCUUGGAGAAGCCCAACAUCUCAGUCCAGAACACCAACCUGUUCCCUGUGACUCUACACUUGCGCACCAUCGAGGCUAUGCUACACGGGCUGCUGGGGGGGAGCUUCCUGGAGGAUGGUCAGCAUAAGGUGCUGAGCGUGGUGCGCACGGCUAUUGGGAAGCACUUUGAGUUAAUGGUGGGGGAUUCCCGGACGAGUGGCAGGGAACUGGUGCAGCAGCUCAUGGUCGACUCAGUGACGCAGGAACACCCUCGGGUGCUGUUCCCUCAGGGUGCAUUGGCCCGCUACAGGAGACUAUUUCAGAAGGGAAGUGCAGAUCGGGGAGAAGAAAUGUGUGAUGCUUUGCUGCAGGCUGUUGCUUUCUACGAAUUUCUGUUUAACAAUUCUUAAAAAUCUCAUCAUGAUUAAAGAGGGACUCCAUUUUACUUGGACAAACAUCUUGAUUAGUGCCAAUCUUGGUCAGGAUGGACAAAGAAAAUGUCUAUUAAAGUUUCUCCUUAUUCCCACUCCUCACUGUCUCAUUGCCAUGUGGCUUAUUAAUCACACUUUAAUACCUUGCCCAUGUAGCCUUAGAACACUUGUAUUCUUCCUAGUAAUCUAGUCAAUACUUAGCCCUCAUCAGCAUCAAAGAAGGAACAAUUUACUAACUGUCACAUUGCUGUUUGUGGGAAGUUUGCUGACAGCAAAUUGGCUUCAAGGUUUUCUAUACUGCAAAAGUACCCACCCUUCAGAAAUACUUUAAGUGCUAUAGAAAUGCAAGUUUUUUUUGUGCAUAAACCCUGACUGAAAAUGUUGGAUUGAUUAUUCAACUGAACUAAGCUUCAUGGUUGAGUCAAAGCCUGAUGCCUAUUUGAACACUUCGCUCCUCCACAGUGUCCUGAAUCCAAGAUGUGGAGGUGCUAGUGUAAGACUGGGGCGGACAAGGUAAAAAAUCUCAACACCAUGUUAUAGUCCAACAGGCUUAUUUGAAAACUCAAGCUUUCGGAGGCUCGCUGCUCUGUCAGAUGUGGCUUUUUUUCCUUUAUUCGUUAAUGGGAGGAGGACAUCACUGGCUAGGCAGUGUUUACUGACCAUCCGUGCUUGCCCAGAGGGCAGUUCAGAGUCAACCACGUUGCUGUGGGUCUGGAGUCACGUAGGCCAGACGAGGUAAGGAUGGCAGUUUCCUUCCCUUAAGAAUAUUAGUGAACUGGAUGGGUUUUUCCUGACAAUUGACAAUGGAUUCAUCGUCAUUAUUAGAUUCUUAAUUCCAGAUUUCUUUUUUUAAUAUUGAAUUCAAAUUCCACCAUCUGCUGUGGUAGGAUUUAAACCCAGGUCCCUGGAUUAACAGUCCAGCGAUAAUACCAGUAGACCAUUGCCAGCCUGAAGGAGUGAGAUUCUGAAAGCUUAUGCUUUCAAAUAAACCUGUUGGGCAAUAACCUGGUCUCCUGAAUCCAAGUGCAUUGAUUGUAACUCAUUAGCAGAGGGCAUUUAGUAGAAACUUGAGUGGGUUGCAGGCAGCAAUAUCAAUCUAAAAUAUAAACAAAAAAUGCUGGAAAUAGGAGUUAAUGUUUCAGACUGCCAACCUUCAGAACUGACUUGAAUAGUUAAUUUUGUUUCUGUCUCCACAGAUGCUGUCUGAUCUGCUGAGCUUUUGUUGCUUUUAUUUCAGAUUUCUAACAUUUACAUUUGGCUUUACUGUUAGUUACUUCAGCCCAUUGCUUGGAGACUGGGGCAGUUUUUGCUCUGUCCAACACUUCACAUCUGUCUUAGUAACAUCAGAGCCAGUAGUAUUCCCUUGAAACAUCUUUGAAGAAAGAAUAGACCUAUGUUUAAAUAGUGCCUUUUGUGACUUCAGUUAGUGAUUGUUGUAAUGUAGGAAACAAGGCAAGCUCUCUCACAGGGCGAUGUGAUAAUGAUCAGGUAAUGUUAUUUAAUGCUGCGGUUUAAAGGAUAAAUAUUGAUUCCAGGACACUGGAGCUAAACCUCUAUUAUUGUUUGAAAAAUGGCAUGGUUUCUAAUACAUCAAACUGAAAGCGUAGCUGUGCCUUUCCCUGACAGUGCAACUGUCCUUCAGAAUAGUUUAGCUUAUUAGGCCAGGAUCUCUAGAUCAUCAGGUUUCAGAGCCUGGAGCAGAAGUCAAACCCAUGCAUAUUUUUACUCAGCUGAGUAUUACUGAGUGUUUUUGAAGACUGAGAUCAGGUAAUAUUCUAGGUCAGUACAUAACAGUUUCUCGUUGGGAGGGAGGGUCACACAGGGAUUCACAAAGUCAUCAAAGAUUAUUUAUCUUUAUGAAUUUGGUGGUUGUCUUCUGAGAUUGCUUGAUUUCAGCAUUUUUGUGCCUUUUCAGUAUCCAAUGAUGGAAAAUUGUGAGCUUAUUUAGUUGAGCUGCUCCUUUAACUGGAUUUUAUGCAGCUAGAUUCUAACCAGAUUUCAGUCACUCAGCUGAUGAUUCUUUUGUGCACAAACUGUGUACUAUCUUGUUUAAAUUAAUAUUAAAUUGUUUUUAUGGUUGAUCCACCCUGACCUUUGAACACUCAUCAUUGGCUGUUAAAUGCUUUGGGGUGAAAGGCAUUACAAAGUCCUUUCUUUUAAAGUCUAAUAAUUGUAAAGCUAGAUUGUUGCACAUUGCUUAUGGUACAUGUAGUUAUUUAUUAUUAAAUUCAUGCUUGUCU